AUGGCCGAAUUUACCAAAGAUAACCGUUUCUCAACUCACGCUGCCUCGACGGUUUCAUUUCAAUUGGAACCUUCCGUGUGCACCAUUGAAGAACAGAAAAAUGUAGUCAAAAAAUCCGUUUCUUUCCUGGACGAGCACGCAAAGCCCACCGACCAUAUCAGCCCGUUUACUUUGGCUCUGAGAGAAUUGCUCAGCUGUCGCGAGCAACAGGAAGUUGUCAUCGAUGAAAUCGAUUAUACACCUCGAAGCUUUGCGCCGCCGCGGUACGAGCAGGACAAUUGGGAUCAGUUGCAGGCACGGUGGUGUCCUGGUGAUGAUGUUCAGCAAACCGAACCUGCCAAACCAUCCGUCGAUGUUGCGAAGGUUUGUUCGAUUUUGAGCUUGGACUGGACAGACGACGACGAGUCGAUCAAGAAAUCGAAGUCCGUUUCGGAGCUGGAUCUGAAGAUGGAGGAAGCUGCUCAGGCACCGGACAAGGUCGAAGCCUUCGACCUAGAUCAGGAGCCGGACUUUAGCGGAGUGAUCGACCGCCGCAGCCCCUCGCUGGAAAAAGAUGCCAAAACGUACCACGUCAAGAUUCUGCUCACAGAAAGCGAUGACAUCGUGCUGUACGAAGCGGCAAGUCACACAGUGGCGCGGGACUCCGAUGAGGCAGCUGCCGUGCUAGAGCAGAACGCCUACUACGACAAUAAGAAGAAAAACCGACGCACGGCGAUGGCCGCAGCGGAAGCGCAGACACCCGAAAUGCUGCUGAAGUCACGCGGCGUCAAUACGGAGCGGAUCAUGAAGCAGGAGGUUGCAUCGUUCGUGUCGAACUACGACAUGUACGACACGUACAACGAUUUGGAACGGCACACCAAGGAGAUCGAUCUAGCGGAGGCAUCGUCCAAGAUAGAAAUUACAACCUACUCCCGAGAGGGAAUGGAAGACAUCGACGAUAUGUUAAACAGAAGCGAAAACUUCCAUCUGUCGUCAAUGAUAUUACAGCGCUUGUUGGCAGGAAAUGUCUACCGAGAGAAACAAAAACGAUUCCGAAACAUGUACUUGCCGGAUCCAUUGGAUGUAAAUGCAAAAUAUCUAUAUCGUUUGGAAACGCUUUGGACCUAUAAGACGGUAGAGACCACGAGAAAAGCGGUGGCCAGUGCAAGUUGGUGUCCUGCUAAUGGUGAUAUAGUAGCGAUCGCCUACGGAAUCUACCGGUUCACCAAGUUCGACGAUCGUAGCAGCGGUUACGUGUGCGUUUGGAGCAUCAAAAACCCGGUCAAUCCGGAAAGGCGUUAUCAAUUCUCGGUGCCGGUAACAUCGGUAUCAUUUUCUAAGAAGACACCGCAGCUGCUGGCAAUUGGUUUGUACGAUGGAUCGGUUCAGAUCUGGGACAUCAUGGACAACUCGCAAAGACCAGUCGGUGUGUCGGAGAGAAAGUCGUCACCUGGUUUCGAACCGAUUUGGGAUAUCGAGUGGAUUGAGUCAGACGAUGAUAAAGAUGAGAUACUGACAGCUUCGCAAGACGGCACCAUCAUGAAGUACACGCUGAACAUUGGGCAUUACCUACUCGGGUACACACAGUUGAGGCUGGAUCGUGUUGAAUGCGAAACAGAGGGCAUCAAGGUGGAGACAAAGAAGGAUGGUAUUGAAGCGGACCGUCAUCCUCAGGCAUUAAGUUUGAAGAUUCACCCGACUCAUAAAGAUAUUUAUUUCAUCGGUACGGACGAAGGCUGCGUUCACAGAUGUUCAAUUAAUUAUUCGUAUCAGCAUUCGGGGGUGACUCGCAUGCACAGCGGAGGGGUUUACUGCAUCGAAUAUUCUCCGUGGAGCCCAAAAGUCUUUCUGACAUGCGGCGGUGAUUGGUGCAUUCGAGUUUGGAUAGAAGAAAUCAAUGAACCCAUCCUAACCCUAUCAACUGGUUUCGGUCCCAUCCAGGCGGCACACUGGUCGCCAGUUAAUUCCACAAUCAUCGUAAGCGUGACUCAGGACUCAGUACAGCUGUGGGAUCUGAAAAGGCGCAUGCUAAAGCCGGCUUCCUUUACGACGUUCGGAGAUUCGACCACCGCACUGACGGUAGUUAAAUUUACAAAUUGCGGUCGAAGUGUUCUGGUCGGGGACAGCGAGGGGCGCACGUACAUUUGCGCCCUGGAGGAUAUGCCCUUCCCGCCACACUUUCAGUACAAGGAGCUGCAGUCGGCUUUGUACAAGAGUCUGGUUUGUAAACCUGAGCUGCUAAAAUUAGUGAAACGUUGCGGAUAUUUGGGUUACUGAUGUUAAUUUUGAUUGAUUGCCGUUUAAUGUGUUUUGGAUAAUUUGUGUCAUUUUGUUCAUAAAUAUACUUUUCUUAUCCAGCCGGUACAAGUGUGGAUUAUAAAUAAUUUGCUUGGAGUUCUAUUGAUCGAAUUUAAUACAUGGUUUCAAACAAAUAAAAAAGUAGAAUUCACUCAUAAA